AUGCAAAAACCCGAGCUGCGAAAAGGGCCGUGGGUGGAAGAAGAAGACGAGCUGCUAUCUACUGCCGUGGCCGUUUUAGGGGAUAGACGAUGGGAUGCAUUAGCAAAAUCAUCAGGUUUAAGGAGGAGUGGAAAGAGUUGCAGGCUGAGAUGGCUGAACUAUUUACGUCCGAAUUUAAAGCACGACAAAAUUUCGCCAGACGAAGAGAAAAUAAUCUCCAAACUCCACGAGAAAUGGGGCAAUAAGUGGUCGAGGAUUGCAAGGAGAUUGCCGGGAAGAACAGACAACGAGAUAAAGAACUAUUGGAGAAGUCACCUAAGGAAGAAAGGCCUUGUUGUUGAAAAAAAAUGCUCGAGAAGCACGACAAACAAUUCAUUAUUGAGUUUCUCGGUUAAGGAUGAUAUUUCGGGACCUAAUGAUCGCGAGUCUUGUGAUGCGCUCGAGAUGUUGACUUUGAUUGCCUCGCCUUAUGAAACUCGGUUGGCCGAGUGGAUGCCGACUUAUGAAGACCUUUACGACUCGAAAUGGACAUAUGAUGAAUGGAGUACUAAUAGUUCAUGGUUUUUUUCUCUAUGGGGAUGUGAUUUGAUUUGA